CUGCAGGAGUCGGUUUGGCAGGCACAGCAGUGCCGGAGCUUGGGACAGAACAACUGCGCCCAUGGCCCGCACUCCUUGCCACCGGCGCCUGGUCCUGCCUUUGCUAUGCCUGCUCUUCCAGGGCGCCACCGCCCUCCUCUUUGCGGUCUUUGUCCGCUACAACCACGAAACCGACGCUGCCCUGUGGCACUGGGGCAACCACAGUAACGUGGACAACAAGUUUUACUUUCGCUACCCAAGCUUCCAGGAUGUGCACGCCAUGGUCUUCGUAGGCUUCGGCUUUCUCAUGGUCUUCCUGCAGCGCUAUGGCUUCAGCAGCGUGGGUUUUACCUUCCUCGUGGCCGCCUUCACCCUGCAGUGGGCCACGCUGGUCCAAGGCUUCCUUCACUCCUUCCAUGGCGGCCACAUCCACGUUAGUGUGGAGAGUUUGAUCAACGCUGACUUCUGUGCGGGCGCCGUGCUCAUCUCUUUCGGAGCUGUUCUGGGCAAGACAGGGCCAGCCCAGCUGCUGCUAAUGGCCCUAUUGGAGACAGUGCUGUUUAGUGUCAACGAGUUUAUACUGCUCAGCCUCCUGGGGGUGAGAGACGCUGGAGGGUCCAUGACCAUUCACACGUUUGGGGCCUACUUCGGGCUGUUCCUCUCACGGGUCCUCUACAGAUCCCAGCUGGAGAAGAGCAGGCACCGCCAGAGCUCUGUCUACCAUUCUGACCUCUUUGCCAUGAUUGGGACCAUCUUCCUGUGGAUUUUCUGGCCCAGCUUCAACUCUGCGCCCACAGCGCUCGGGGAUGGGCAGCAUCGGACAGCACUGAACACGUACUACUCGCUCACCGCAAGCACCCUCAGCACGUUUGCCUUGUCAGCGCUUGUCAGUGGGCACGGCCGACUGGACAUGGUCCACAUCCAAAAUGCAGCACUGGCUGGAGGGGUCGUGGUGGGGACCUCAAGCGAAAUGAUGCUGACCCCCUUUGGGGCUGUGGCAGCUGGCUUCCUGGCUGGGACUGUCUCCACUUUGGGGUACAAGUUCUUUACGCCUGUCCUUGAAUUCAGAUUCAAAAUACAAGACACGUGUGGUGUCCACAACCUCCAUGGGAUGCCAGGGCUGCUGGGGGCCCUCCUGGGAGUCCUGGUGACUUGGCUGGCCACCCACGAGGCUUAUGGAGAUGGCCUGCAGAAUGUAUUUCCACUCAUAGCCGCCGGCCAGCGCAGCGCCACCUCUCAGGCAGUUUAUCAGCUCUUUGGGAUGUUUGUCACCCUGGUGUCUGCCUCUGUGGGGGGCAGCCUUGGAGGGCUCCUGCUGAGGCUGCCCUUCCUGGAUUCCCCUCCAGACGCCCAAUGCUUCGAAGACCAGGUUUACUGGGAGGUGCCCGGAGAGCAGGAGGCUGAGGUCCAGAGGUCUCUGCGGGCUGAGGAGAGAGACAGCCAGGCCUAACUGCUGCCAGCAUGACACUGUCUUCAGAGGAGAGGAUGGCUCCUGCCAGGCACGAGAGGACCUUCUCAGCCCUUGCUACUAUUUUACAGGGAGGUCUAGAUUCAGAAGGGCUUACCACCUCUAGGUGGAUCCCCAUUAGCUUGCUCCUGUGGUCAUAACAGGCCAAAGUCAGCCCUAGGUGACAGCUACCCCAUUGACCAGUGACGCCUGAACCGGGCCUGCUCUGGGUGAGAAACUGGAUGAUAAACAACACCAUCACCAAGGACUCUGACACCUUCCAUUUGUCUCUUCCCUUUGACUCCUGAGGCCAAGUUCUUGAGGCAAUCAAAGAUCUUAGUGUUGACAAAGUCUCCUCAGGUCCACAGAACUCCAUUCAAGGGACCACAUCCUCCUGGAUAUAUGUCUCGGAUAGUUCUGUCCUCUCUGUGCCUGUCUUAGCCAGCUAACAGUGACCCCAAAUCCUUCCUGGUCCUUCCUUACCUGCUGCUGCCCUGGCCCUCAGCUGGAUUCACUUCUGAACAGAGUAGAAAAAGGCCCGAGAAGGGCAUCAAAAGGAGUGGCCUUCCACAAAAUCUCAGAGCCAGAGGCAACUGAUGCCAGUUCACAGUCCUGUCCCGAGUCUGUGGAUCAGGAUCUCAGGAAGGUGGUGAGACUCUGGGCUGUGGACGAGGAAGGCGCCCUGGAAUCCCGGUAGCCUAAACCAUUUGACCACAAGAGGGCACUCUAAAACCAGCAGAAGAAGACGGCAGCCCCAGGUCUGGCUUAGGUCCUUGCAACCUAACCUUCCUAGCUGCCACAGCCUUCCCUGAGCUCCACCUCUUCUGCGAGUCAGAUGAUGUCAGAAAUUCCAUAUCUCACCCCCUCACAGGGACUUCAUCCCCCCAUCGGGAGGGACUGGGACCCCUCUUCCUUCUCUCACUUGACCUGCUAGUGGGCUUCUGGCAGAAGUUGAGCACCACCACAGACACAUCUACCUCCAAACUAAGGUCCUUCAGAGCCAGGAAGCCAAAGGGGAACAGCAGAGUUGCCCAGGGUUCACCUGGGCUCUCUGGGUUCAGGUGGAGAUACUCUCCAGGGAGCAUUAUUAAUUAAGAGGAUUACUCUUGUUCCCUCAACCUUCUCCCCUCCAUAGAACCCUGCCCAUUGCUGGGUGAGAUUCCCAGGACUGAAGCAGAAAGCUCUAAGUCACCGUGGAAAAGCAGCUGGGAGAAUUGGGACCCAACUCUGGAUGGGUGGUGCCCCCUUUGCUGCCCAGGCUUUCCUGCAAACAUUUUCAAUCUGGUCCUCUCUGCUGGUGGUUUGUUCUAAACUGCAACCAAGCCUUUUCUUCGGGCCUGGAAAUAAAUGGGCUCUUCUAGCCCUGGGAGAAGUCCUCUCAA